AUGUCAGGUAUUGUAUCUCUGGUGUCUCUCUCUCUGCUGUCCUUCGAGCGCUACUCUUCAGUCUGCUGCAGCAUCCACUCAGACUCCUCUCAGUACCGAAGGGCCAGGAUUGCCAUAGCAGCCUCCUGGUUCUACUCGCUGGCCUGGACUCUGCCGCCGCUGCUGGGCUGGAGCAGCUACGGGCCGGAGGGUCCUGGCACCACCUGCUCGGUCCAGUGGCACCAACGCACGGCUGCAUCUCGCUCCUACGUCGGCUGUUUGUUUGUCUUCUGCCUCCUCCUGCCGCUGCUGCUCAUGUUCUUCUGCUACUGGAGGAUCCUGCUGGCUGUGCGAGUGGUGGUGAGGCAGGUUGCCAGGAUCAACAGGUCUUCAGCUGAGUGGAGGGAAGGCCGCGUCCUUCUGAUGGUGGUCGCCAUGGUGACUGGCUACCUGUUGUGCUGGAUGCCAUACGGUGUUGUGGCGAUGCUGGCUUCCUUUGGGCGGCCAGGCGUGGUGCUGCCUGCUGCCAGUUUAAUCCCCUCCCUGCUGGCGAAGACCAGCACAGUCCUGAACCCGGUCAUUUAUGUGCUGCUCAACACUCAGUUCUCCAGGUGUUUUCUCUACAUGCUGAGGUGCAGCUCAGAGGCUCCACCCUCCCCGGUUCACCCGAUGCAACCCAGCAGCAGGGCAGCGUGGCCUCACGAUACCAACCUGCCAACAGAAGAACAAAACACGGCACUUGCCAUGCUCACAUCCAGAGACCUGCAGGUACAGCAGCCCACUUCAGUACUGGUGGCUCAAUAUGAAACAUAG